UUCCAGUGACGUCACUCCCAGACCAGCCAAUCAGCGGCCAGUGUGCCGGCCCACUACUUGUGUUGUUUUUCUGUUUUCCUCCUUGGAUCCAUCCAUCCUCCACUCCGACACCAUUUUGGGAGUCAAAACCUCCGCGGGCCGCGUCGGCGGACUAUGGUCCACACGUGCGUGGUGUCGGGCUGCAGGAACCGGCGCACCGCGGGCAGCUCCGUGUCCUUCUACCGCUUCCCGCGGGACCCGCAGCGGAAGCAGCGCUGGGUGUCCGCCGUGAACCGGCGGGGCUGGGCGCCCAGCGACGGCAGCCGGCUGUGCAGCACGCACUUCAUCUCCGGAAAACAGGUGAAGAAUCCACAUUCUCCAGAUUAUGUUCCUUCUGUGUUUACAACCGUUCCUUUGUCCCCAGAGAUGAAGGAGCCGUGUGGUUUAGAGGUCCUGGAUAAGCAGGAGGCGCGCGUGGAGGCGGCCAACGCCCUGCUGUUCCUCAAGGGUCAGGGCCCGGCCACGGGGGACCAGCUCGGGCGGGAACCGCAACCCGAGGAGGGGGAACGCCGCGCCGCCGUCGUUGAGGAAUCUGCGUCAUCGUCCCUCAGCACUGACGAAGACGACGACUAUGAUGAUGAAGAAUCCGUGCGUGACAGCAAGAGAGGGAGGUUUGCCGAGACGCCUGACGUGUCUGUCAACUUUGACGACAUCCUGAAAGCCUUGAAAAAGGAGAACCAGGCCCUCAGGGAGUCUGUGGAGAAGAUGUCCCUCUGUGAGAACUCGCUUAGGAACGAUGCGGAGAAGGUCAGGUUUUACACUGGUUUACCCAACUUCUUCGUCCUGGAGACGGUCAUGUGGCUGCUGGCACCGCACAUGGACAGGAUGAAGAACGUCAAGCUCUCCAAGUUCCAGCAGCUUCUUCUGACGCUGAUGCGCCUCCGCCUGGACCUGCGCAACCAGGACCUGGCCUACCGGUUCGGAGUGAAAGUGGGAACGGUGGCGCGGACGGUGCAUCGCAUGGUCAACAUCAUGUCCUCCACUCUGGUGCCGACGGCCGUCUUCUGGCCGUCCCGAGCCGAGCUCCGGAAGAACCUGCCGGCGGCCCUGCACGCCUCCUACCCGGACUGCGCCGUCAUCGUGGACUGCUUCACCGUGCCUUUUGAGGAGCCCGUUGCCCAGGGCAACCAGCAGCAGCAGCAGCAGCAGCAGAACGUGUUAAAGUACCUGAUCGGCGUGGCUCCGCAGGGCGUGGUCACGUUCGUCUCCAGGGGGGCGCUGGGCAACGUCAGCGACAGGAGCCUUGCCGAGGGCUGCGGGUUUCUCUGCAAGCUUCUCCCGGGCGACGUCGUACUAGCCGCCCGGGAUCUGAACAUCGGCGAGUCCGUGGCGGCCCGUGGAGCCCUUUUUAAAACUGUUGGCGCCUGCCAAGGAGAGGCGGUGGGGAGAUCGGAGGGCUCACUGCCGGCUGAUGUGGCGUCGGAGACGGCCAGCGUGCAGAGGCACGUGGAGCGGGUGAUUGCCAUGGUGAAGCGGAGGUAUGCCAUGCUCACCGGCCCCGUCGAGAGCCCCUUCACCGCCGCCUGCGAGCGCACUUCCAACCUCUCCACUUUUGAUAAGAUUGUGCAAGUUGCCUGUGCCUUAAACAACCUCUGCAUCUCUGCUGCUCCUCUGGAAUAAUUAGUUUGGAAAACUAGGGCUCCUAAAGAUGUCACAGCUCCUUAUAGUGCAUGUGUCAGCACUACACCAUUACUACUAAAACUUUAUUGAUACCCAUCCACCCUUAACUUCCAUCCCUCCCCAUUAUCGAGUUGUUUUUUAUUCUUUGUGAUUGCAGCACUUCUUUCUAUUGUAGAAUCUACUUUGUUGAUGUGUAAAAUCACUUAGUUAUCCAGCUCAUCUGGGAAAAUAGGAAGAUGUGUUGACAUUUAGUUUAGCUUUGUAUGACAGAUGUCUUAUCAUUUAUGUUUAGGUUGAUGGUGAGGAAUGCAAACGUGAGUUUGGGUGAUACAAGCUCUCUGCCAGUCUUUCUUCCCCCCCUCCAUCUCCCGCAAACACUACAGCUGCUGACUUAACUGAUUACACUCUUGUCCUGCUGCAAAAAGGGGGAUAUGUUGGUUACAGCAGCUCUUUGUUGCUUCUCUGCUUGUAAAACCAAAGUAGCACACAAAGGAGAAGGUUAUAUCAACAAGAGCAGCAGACGUGGUGUUGCACCACUUUGCGAGGGGUUGUGGCUGCCUGCUCACCUUCGGAAACAGAAACACCACGUGGUUUAUGGCUCUAAAUGUACACUUUCCUGCCAGUCAGGUAGAUUUUCUUUUUCUUUUUUUUUUCUUUUCUAAACAGCAGACAAACAAACCACCCACAGGCCAAUUUUCCUCUUUCAUGACCAGUCUGGUAUUCAUUUAUCUGCUGCACUUUGGCACGGGAACGUCGUAGGAGUGCAGCUGUAUUCCUGCAGAUUUCAACGCCUCUAAGAUGGCUGGCCUCUACAACGGGGCUUUGCUUGGUAUUGAUGACUUGUUGCUUGUUUUUUUUUCUUUUUUUGCACAGAAUAAAGAGCCAUUGCUGCAGAGUUGAAGUGGAAAGGGCAGAAAGUGUCCAAAAUGUGUCGUCAGCAUUUACAAUGCCUCUUAUUUUUAAGAUUGUGGUCGACGUUAGUUAUUUUUAUUACGUUUUCCAGAAUUUUUGCCAAAAUGGUUAAAAAUUCUGAUUUAAAGUGACAUUUUCUCGAAUAUUUUAUUUGUACUGGUGAGGAGAAAUUUUGAAUUUGAGCUUUUAUUUUCCUCAAGUACACGUUCAUCUCGCAUCACAAAGGACAGGGAAUAUUUGCACUUGUGUGGUGAAUUUAUUUGUCAUUUUCAGUUUAAUUCUUGCGCUCAAACUAAAUCAGAUUACAAGUGAGCGGUCGGUCUGAGCUGUGUUCUUCGCAGACAGCGUGUUGAGCGUUAAUUAACACUUUAUUCUGCCGAGCACAUGAGCUGCUGCAGAGACUGUUUAUUGUGUAAUGGUUGAAUUUUCUCCAGUUAUGUUCACUUCAUUCUCUUAAAAUUAGCUCUAACUGAGUUGCGCCAUGUGUGCAUACCGCAGUUAGUUCCAGUAUCGGCCUGGAAAGCUGGAUUUUUUUUCCCCAAACUAUAUAGGAUAAAUGCACUAAACUGAAAAUUCUUCUUUUGGUGUCAGCACCUACAUUAGCUUUUUGAAAUGUUUUUUUUUUUUGUUUUGCUGGUGCCUUAGUUUGUAAAGCUGCUACAAGUUAGCCUGUAUUUUCUAAAGAUCUUUAUUUUUGCACCUUAGAAUAUUCUUUAAGGCUUCCUUUGAUUUGACACUAAAGCCAAACGCACAUAAAGGAUUAGCGCUCAACGUUUAAGCACUUAUUUUUUCUCAGUCAUCUAAAAUUUUUAUUUUUGCGAAAAUUCCCAGCGAUUACAGCUCCUUCGCUUUUGUUUGGGGUCUAAAAUGAAUGGGAGCAGGUCAUUCACAUCACGUGAACAUUUUCCUCACAUUUAAUCUUUGUGUUCAGGUGGAAUUUCCACAGGUGUUGCUCAAUAAUCAGAAGCAGCGUAGGGUUCAGAAAGUUCCCUCUGGACCUUCUCAGGAACAUCCACACAGACUGAAAUCAAUGCACAUCAAACUUAUCCUACCUGCUAUGCCUUUCUACCCAUUUAGGUGACUGUUUUUAUUCUAUUUUAUUUAUUUUUACAGUCAGCUACGGUUGUCAUCACUACUAAUGUUGUACCUGUAAACAACUCAGACAUUGCAUUAGUCAGCUGGAGUAAAGCUGACAUUUGAUUGUGCUUUUGAUGUUUUUCAUUAGACAAGCUUCCUUUUAUUAUCGUUAAUGACGUUGCAAAAAUAUCUAUAAUAUUUAGAUGAGAG